AUGGUGUUGGAGGGGUGCAGCCAGGCAGUAACCCCCGAGGCAUUGGAUCUGCACAGACCCCCAGAGCUUCCCCUCGUACCCAACAGCAACGAACACUCCCUCACUGACAAAGACAUCGUCAAGUACGGAGAAUUCAUUGUCUUGGGUUACAAUGGGUCACUGGCUAACGGAGACCGAGGGAGACGGAGGAGCAGACUGGCCUUGUAUAAGAGAGCGAGUCCCAAUGGUGUCAAGCCCGAUGUCAUCCAUAUCACAUCAACACCCCUGGCUUCAAAGGCACUGAGUAACAUGGGGCAGCACAGUGUGUCUUACACCCUGUCUCGCAGUCAGUCUGUCAUCGUGGAGUACAGUCACGACAAUAACACGGACAUGUUCCAGAUCGGCCGAUCGACAGAGACGCUCAUCGAUUUUGUGGUGACCGACACGGCCCCCAGCAGCCAGACCAACAGCGAGUCGCAGUCCAUGCAGAGCACCAUCUCCAGGUUCGCAUGCCGCAUCACCUGCGGGCGCAGCCCACCCUACACUGCGCGCAUUUACGCAGCUGGAUUCGACUCGUCGAAGAACAUCUUCCUCGGUGAGAGAGCUGCAAAGUGGCGGACUCCAGAUGGAUUGAUGGACGGUCUCACCACGAAUGGUGUCCUGGUGAUGCACCCUGCUCACGGUUUCUCUGAUGACUCCCUGCCUGGUGUGUGGCGCGAGAUCUCGGUCUGUGGAAAUGUGUAUGCACUGAGGGAGACACGGUCCGCACAGCAGAGAGGGAAGCUGGUGGAGAACGAAUCCAACGUAUUACAGGACGGCUCGCUGAUUGACCUGUGUGGUGCUACACUGCUCUGGCGCACCACUGAAGGUCUGGAGAACGCGCCCACCCUCAAGCACCUGGAGGCGCUGCGGCAGGAGAUCAACGCAGCCCGCCCGCAGUGCCCAGUGGGCUUCAGCACACUAGCGUUCCCCAGCCUGGCCCGGCGGGAGGUCAUCGAGAAGCAGCAGCCCUGGGUGUACGUCAGCUGCGGACACGUGCACGGCUACCACAGCUGGGGCUGCCGCAAGGAGGCUGGGGGCGCCGCCAGCGAACGCGAGUGCCCUCUCUGCCGGCAGGUGGGGCCCUACGUGCCCCUGUGGAUGGGCUGCGAAGCAGGGUCGUACCUGGACGCCGGGCCUCCCAGCCACGCCUUCUGCCCCUGUGGUCACGUCUGCUCAGCCAAGACGGUGAAGUACUGGUCGCGGAUCCCGCUCCCUCACGGCACACACGACUUCCACGCGGCCUGCCCUUUCUGUGCCACCUGGCUGACUGGUGACAAGGGCUACAUCAAGCUCAUCUACCAGGGACCCCUCGACUAAAUGCCCUCCGAAUCCCACUCUGCUUGUUCCUUUACAGCACUAACGGCUUAACACCACAGGCCACAAAUCUCACCCUCUCUCUCUCUCUCUCGGGAAUCAUUAUAUUUAUGCAAAAACCUUGUCCUUUUUUAAAAAGAAAUUAUAAAAAGAUAUAUAUAAUAUUUGGCAGUGUGAAAAAUGCUGAAAGCAGGAGUCUAAAUGGUUGUUUUUGUAAAAGGUCAAAUUAAAAGGUUUAAGAACA